CCAUUUAAAGCCUGAGUAACCGUUGCUGAGCUCUUCCUCUUCCGGUGAUAAUAGUUACAUUUACAAAGUUUAACUUCAGUUAAGUUUCACAAUACUGAAACAAAACUUUUUUUGAAUAACCUAAAAGUGUGGUGCCGCUGUUAAUUAUGGCAGCUUUCCGUAAAUUACUCUACGUACCGCGUUUCGACACUCAGUCGCCUCAAACCGACAAGGAAUCGGGAUAUAACGGAGAAAACAACAAACACCAUAAACUGAACGGGUUGACUCAAGAGGCGACUCCCUUGCUCUUCCCAGACGUUACAAGUCCCGAAAUAACACCAUGUUUUUCAAGAAAGGUGAAAACAAACCAACUUUUGAGGUUGUACGCCAAUAUGAGAUCAACGGUUAAUCUGAGGGCAUCUAAAGGCGGGAAAUCACGGCGCGCCAAACGCGUCACUUACAAAGGUGUAGAAGAACAGCCGAAGAGGGCCUCAUCUGAUACUUUUGGAUUCCCACCAAGAGAUGUUGAAGCAGAUGAAAUGUACCGAUCCCGAACAAAACAGUAUGUAUUGAGGACAAUCAAGAGAAUGGUGGAGGAGAACAGGGUCAUCAGAGAGCGGUUACUCACCUUGAGGCAGCAGAGCCGAAGCAAAUGAGUUUCAGGUGGUACCACAUACAGCAAAUUUUCAAGAGGAAAGGAAUGUUCACAUGCCACAAUGUUGUGUUUAUUAUAUGCCUCCAUAUAUGUUGUUAUUAUUAGAAUCUAAAUUCUUAGGACUUAAAAAAAUGACAAAUAUAUGGAGGACACGAGCAUGAGUUACAGAUGACCACAAGAUGGUGAUAUUUCCAAAAUUAAGAGCAACUACAUAAAGUGUAGCAGGGCUCUUACGUCCACUCUCUCCUUUUAAAUUAUACUGUAUGUAGUUGCUGUGUUUGUUAUUAGUUUUUUUGAUAUUUAUAAGGAGAAUGACCUUCUAAUGUGUUCAUUCAAGACUUCUUUCAUCACUAAAACUCUUUCUCUUCGCACUGUUUUGUUCCAUUUAAGCUUUCUAGUGACAGCUUGUAUUUUGUUAGUCAGGUUGUUAUUAACCAAAAAAAAGAAAAGAAAAAAGAAACACUGAAUGGCCAUCACUGAUUACAUUUAUUUAUUUAUUUAUUUCUAGAGGUUUUUAAAAAACAACAAAAGGUGUUUGAGAAAGGUUUGUUAUUGUAUGUCAAGCUGUUUGUGACAAAAAUAUUUAUUAAAUCAUUGAAUGACCAUCGCUGAUUACAUUUAUCUUAUUUCUAUUCCAUUCGAUUUUUACUGAUACUAGAUGUUUCAAAAAGCAACAAAAGGAGACUUAGAAUUCAUUGAAGACGGUUGUCAGUAAAUGUUUUGCCCACAACAAAAUUGCAUUACAUUCCCAGUGUCGAAGGAGCUCAAAAUCUUGCUUAUGCAGGUUGUGGUUUUGUGGCAGAAAUCAUCAAAUAGAAAAGCUAUUGUUGAGAACAUGACCUCAGACAUUUAAAUUGAGAUCGAUUAAUCAUGUUGUCAAGUCUGUAUA